UAUUUCCGGACUGUGCGUUCCACAUACAGGAAGUGUGUCUUACAUACUUCGCAGUGUCUGUGGAGAUCAGGAACUCCAGCUGUGAGGAACAGAGUCUUUAUUACACAUCACACGUUCUGUAUUCUCUCUGAUUCACCGAGGAUGGACAAGGACAGGAGUCACAGGACUGAGAGGAUAAUAAAUAUCACCCUGGAGAUCAUCUACCUGCUGACUGGGGAGGAUUACACAGUAGUGAAGAAGACAUCCAAUGAGUGUGAGAUACUCAACAGCCAUCCCCGUGUGUCAGGAGGACUGAGUAGAACCCAGAGCCCCAUCCCAGUGCCUCCACCUGACUCACUAAUACAUGAGAGACCCAAUGACCAAAAGAUCCUGGAGCUAACCAACAAGAUCAUUCAGCUGCUGACUGGAGAGGAGGGGGAGUAUAUAGAGGAACACAGGGGUCUGUACAAGGACGUGAUGAUGGAGAAUCACCGGCCCCUUACAUCUCUGGAUAAGAGGAGACUGUCAUGUAUUGUACAGGGGAGAGCAGGUAGAACGUCUGUCUGA